AUGACUCUGAUUGAUUUGGAUGGUGAUUCCAAUUAUCUGAAAACAGCUAUACAUGCCGAAACGGGAUCCACUGCGCCGACGAAAGAGCAUUUGGGAUUGGCUGCUACACUAAAUAUACCCGUUUUUGUCAUUAUCACAAAGUGGGAUCUCGUUGAAAAGGAGCGGUUGGAGAGGGUCAUCGCCUCUACAUCGACACUACUUUCACGUGCUGGAAUGAGUGCUGGUAGCAAGCGACUGAAGUGGGAAAGAGACGCAGUAAAGGCUGCUGGCGGCGAUCGUUUUACGAUUGGUACAGUCAAUCAUGUGUGUAUCCUCCGUCACUAG